CAGCCCAGCCCCUCCCUUUCCGUGUGUGGGUCCCGUUGGUUCGGCUCUGAGUGCAGAUGCUGCCUGGGGGGCGCCUGCCUGCUGGCACCCGAAUUUCCUACCACCUCUAAUUUGGACAGACAGAACUUGGCAGAAGAUCAAGGGAUUCCUUCAUCUCCCUUGGAGUCUUCCUGAGAGCACAGAUGGAUGAGCAAGACUCAGCUGGCCCUGAAGGAGGAAGAGGCCAUGCCGUCAGAACUGGGAGCAGUGGGGGAUUCUGGGGAAACUCUUUGCAGAAGAUCCUGGGUGAGGAGGACACUCUCCACUCAGAGGUGCAGAGCCAGCAGUUCAGGCAGUUCUGCUGCCAGGAGGCCAAAGGACCUCGAGAAGUUUGCAGCCGACUCUACAACCUUUGCCGUCAAUGGCUGAAGCCAGAAAGGCACACGAAAGCUGAGAUGCUGGACCUGGUGAUCUUGGAGCAGUUCCUGGCUGCCCUUCCACCGGAGAUGGAGAGCUGGGUGAGGGAAUGCGGAGCAGAGACCAGUUCCCAGGCAGUGGCCCUGGCCGAAGGUUUCCUCCUGAGUCAGGCAGAGGAGAGGAAGCAGGCAGAGAGAAAGCAGAGACAGGUUCUGUUUGCAGAAAUGGGCCCAGAUUCCUCUGAGACAGAAAGGACUCCGUUGGACACUAGAGAGAGGCUGCUGGGGGACCGGAUGAUGCCAGCUAGACCUCCUCUUCCAUCUAUUCCUGGUGGUGAAGGAGAAGCAACGGCUGUGGAACCAGAUCAGGGUCCAGUGUGCUUUGAAGAUGUCGCUGUUCAUUUCACAGACGAGGAGUGGGCGUUGCUGGAUCCUGACCAGAGAGCUCUGCAUAAGGAAGUCAUGGAGGAGAAUCACGGGAUCAUGGCCUCUCUCAGUGGUGAUGAUUUGGAAAUUGAGAGCGAGGGCACCCAUGACAGAAUCCACACAGUGGAGAAGCCAUUGCCGCUCUUGGAGUGUGGAGAGAGCUUCAGUCCCAGCUCCCAUUCGACUACCCACCAAAGAAAUGCUAUUGGGAAGAAACCCUCUCAAUUCUCUGAAUGGGGAAAGACUUUCUGUUGGAAUGAAAGCCUCACUUCACAGGAAAUUAUUCACACCGGGGAGGACCCACUGAAAUACUUGGAAUGUGGAAAGAGCUUCAGUAAGAGUGCACAUCUCAUGUCGCAUCAAAUAACUCACAGCAGGGAGAAAGCCUGUCAGUGCUUGGAAUGUAGGGAAAGCUUUAAUACAAGCAUAACCUUCCAUAAACAUCAGAGAAUUCACAGGGGGGAGAAGCCAUUUCAAUGCCAAGAGUGUGGAAAGAGCUUCAGUCAGAGCACCCAUCUCAUAGCCCAUAAAAUAAUUCAUACAGGCGAGAAACCCUAUCAGUGCUCAGAAUGUGGGAAGAGCUUCAAUCACGGGAGAAAUCUCACAGCCCAUCAAAGAAUUCACAGUGGUGAGAAACCCUAUCAGUGCUCAGAAUGUGGGAAGAGUUUCACUGUGAGCUCCCAUCUCACUUCCCACCAAAGAAUUCAUACUGGGGAGAAACCCUAUCAAUGCGUGAAUUGUGGAAAAAGCUUCACCCAGAAGGCAAGUCUCAUUUCCCACCAAAGAAUUCACACAGGGGAGAAACCCUAUCAGUGCUUGGAAUGUGGGAAGAGCUUCAGUCGGAAGCAAAGUCUCACUACCCAUCAAAGAAUUCACAGUGGUGAGAAACCCUAUCAGUGCUUGGAAUGUGGAAAGAGUUUCUGCCAGAGAGCCAAUCUCACUUCCCACCAAAGAAUUCACACAGGGGAGAAACCCUAUCAGUGUUUGGAAUGUGGAAAGAACUUCAGUCACAGGGCCCAUCUCGCAACCCAUCAAGACAUUCAUACCAGGGAGAAACCCUAUCGAUGCUUGGAUUGUGGAAAGAGUUUCCUACAGAGAGCCCAUCUCACUUCCCACCAAAGAAUUCACACAGGGGAGAAACCCUAUCAGUGCUUGGAAUGUGGAAAGAGCUUUAAUCACAGUGUCAAGCUCGUGGCACACCAAAGAAUUCACAGUGGUGAAAAACCCUAUCAAUGUUUGGAAUGUGGGAAGAGCUUCAGUCGGAAGCAAAGCCUCACUUCCCACCUAAGAAUUCACAGUGGUGAGAAACCCUAUCAGUGCUUGGAAUGUGGAAAGAGUUUCUGCCAGAGAGCCAAUCUCACUUCCCACCAAAGAAUUCACACAGGGGAGAAACCACAUCGGUGUUUGGAUUGUGGAAAGAAUUUCCGCCAUAAAGCCAAUCUCACUGCCCACCAAAGAAUUCACACAGGGGAGAAACCCUAUCAGUGCUUGGAAUGUGGGAAGAGCUUCAAUCAGCAGCAAAGUCUCACUUCCCAUCAAAGAAUUCACAGUGGUCAGAAACCUUAUCAGUGCUUGGAAUGUGGAAAGAGCUUUGGUAAGAGGACCAAGCUCAUGGCCCAUCAACUAAUUCACAGUGGUGAGAAACCCCAUCAAUGCUUGGAUUGUGGAAAGAGUUUCCGCCAGAAAGCCCAUCUCACUUUCCACCAAAGAAUUCACACAGGGGAGAAACCACAUCGGGGCUUGGAAUGUGGGAAGAGCUUUGGAAAGGGGACCAAGCUCAUGGCCCAUCAAAGAAUUCAUACAGGGGAGAAUCAUUGAAUUUUAGACCUGCAAGGACCGCUGGGUCGUCUGGUCCACUGCAGGACUCUCAGCUAAAGCCUCCAUGACAUAUUGCCUUCAAACCUCUCCUUACAAACCACCAAGGAAGGAGAGUCCACAAUUGUAAAGGUGACUCCCUACAGGGAGCCAGCCCCCAUCAUCCUAACGUCCACCUCUCCAAGCCCAGGAAGCAGCAGUGGGUUUGAAGCAGCCAGGGGGGAAGGAAGAGACUCGGAGGGAGAGAGCAGCCAGUGUGCGGAACGAUGGGAAAGCUCAGGGGAGGAGAGAUGUAGGCAAGGGCUCCAGGAUGCUGGAGAGCCGGCCAGGAGGAGGCUGAGAGGGCAUCACUCUUUCUGGUGCAAGAGUUAAGGAGAGCACCGCGACACAGGUCAAGGGGGAGGCGUUUUGGGGUGCCCCGACUACUUUGCUGGCGUAGGAACAGAGGUACGCCAUUGCCGGAUUCUGGUUCGGACUGAGAGUUCAUGUUUUAAGCUAUCCCUGCGCUGUAAAUACUAUGCACAAUAAAAGUCUUUAAAGACAAACUGGACUCAAGCGGAGUUACUCUAGAGUAGUCACGACGACCCUCUGACAACAACCUACCAAGGGCGUCUAUAAUUUGAUGCCAUUGGUUUGGGUCCCAGCCUCCAGAGCCGGUGAAAACAAGCUUCUUCAAUCUUCCACAUGACAGCCCUUUCUGUUCCUCAGAAGGCUUAAUUGUUUCCCAACACUUAAUUGUCUUGGUCACCCCACCCCCUCUGCACACCUUCCAGCUUGUCAAAAUCCUUCUUAAAUUGGGGCACCCAGAACUGGACACAGGACUCCAGGUGUGGUCUGAACAAGGCAGAAGAAAGAGGGGCUAUUACUUCCCUUGAUCUGGGCAUUUAACUUCUUUGGAUGCAGCAUAGAAUAACAGCCUUUUUUUGCCACUGUUGACUCAUGUUAGUCUUGUGGUCCACUAAGACCCCAGGUCUUUUCCGCAUGUACUACUGGCAAGCCCAGUGUCCCCCAUCUUAUAUUUGUGCAGCUGAUUCUUCUUGCCCAAGUGCAGAAUCUUAUCUUUCUUCUUAGUGAAAUUUAUUGGUUGCCUUUAUAUAUACCACCUGUUUCUUCAAGAAGCUCAGUAUGGUGUAAAGUGGUUCUCCCCCUCGUCAUUUAAUCCUGACAACAACCCUGUGAGGCAGCUUAGGCUGUGAAGCCGUCACCCAGUGAGCUUCAUGGCUGAGUGGGGACUUGAACCCAGGUCUCCCAGGUCCUAGUCCAAAACUCUUAAGCACUGUACCACACUGACUCUCGAAUGAGACUCUUGAAAAGUGCAUGCAUGCAAGUUUACUGAAAGUCUCAGUGCAAUGUCUUGGUGUUUGUAUUUAAAGUUGUAUACACAUGUGUUGUUGUUGUUUAGUGGUUUAGUCGUGUCCGACUCUUCGUGACCCCAUGGACCAUAGCACGCAAGGCACUCCUGUCUUUCAUUGCCUCCCGCAGUUUGGUCAAACUCAUGUUCGUAGCUCCGAGAACACUGUCCAACCAUCUCGUCCUCUGUCGUCCCCUUCUCCUAGUGCCCUCAAUCUUUCCCAACAUCAGGGUAUUUUCCAAGGAUUCUUCUCUUCUCAUG